AUGGACGACCUCGAGAAGGCGCUCCGCCACGUCUUCAGGAAGAUUGCCGUGCCCUUCUCCCCCCACAAGUCCCAGAACGUCCGCGAGGCCGAGCUGACGGACAUCCUCAACCGCUGCACGGACACCUACAGGGGCUCCAUGACCAACAUGAGCGACUCCGCAUCCUUCAACCUGCCCGGCAACCUGGUGGGCCAGACGGACUCGACUCCUUCGACAAGCACCACGAUUCCGAGCUCAGCGAGCCUUGCGGGCGCUUCGAGCAGCAGCAGAGCAGCACCACGGCGCCGUCCACGGACGGCGGCGCGGCGUCCGCGGCCCCCUCGCUGA